AUGGAAAAAGAAAUUGUAAUUCCUGUGGAAGAUCAGCACAUUGAAUCACUACAAAGUAUUGAAGGAAGAAAAAGGAAAGGAAAAGGAAAGGCAAAAGAAUCUCCAUCAAUAAUAUUGAAGGAAAAUGCAUCACUGGAUGAUGUAAAAGUUGGUUCUGUUUUUCAAGAUAAAAAUGCCAUGAUUAGAUGUUUUUGCUUAGCAGCUAUAAAGGAGCAUUUUGAGUUCUAUGUUAACAGGUCAAGUAACACGAGAUACUCUUUGGUAUGUACUGAUGAAAAGUGUACUUGGACUGUUCGAGGUUCAAGAAUUAAGGAAUCAACACUUUUUAAAAUAGUUAAAUUUCAGAGAACACAUGAGUGCUCAGUUGAUAUUCGAAAAUCAUAUCAAAGGCAAGCAACUUCAAAUGUGAUUAGAGAUUACGUGAUUGACAACUUAAGAGACAUAGCUACUGAGGUAAAACCUAAGUUUAUCAUUUCAGAGAUGAAAAGAGCACAUGGAAUUGAUGUUGGUUAUGGAAAAGCAUGGCAUGCUAUUCAAAAGGGGUUAUCUUUGGUAAGAGGAACAACUGAGCACAAUUAUGAGCAGCUGCCAUCAUAUUUGUAUAUGAUGGAACAAAAAAAUCCAGGAUCAUAUACAAAUAUUGUGAGAGAUGAAGAAAACAGGUUUGUUUACAUGUUUUUUAUGUAUGGGGCAUCAAUUUCUGGGUGGAAGUAUUGUAGACCACUAAUUGCUGUUGAUGGAACAUUUCUAAAAAAUAAAUAUAGAGGUGUUCUAUUAGUGGGUGUUACCAAAGAUGCAAAUAACCAGAUAUUUCCUAUAGCUUUUGGAGUAGUGGAUAAAGAGAAUAAUGAAUCAUAUGAAUGGUAUUUCAGGGAAUUAAGAAAAGCAAUUGGGAUUCGUAAUGAUUUAAUAUUCUUGUCAGAUCGACACAAGGCUAUUGCAAAUGGAAUUGCAAAGGUUUUCCCUGAGUGCUACCAUGGAAUUUGCAUCUAUCAUUUAGAAAAGAAUCUGAAGCAAAGAAGAGUGAGAAACACGUAG